CCAAUUUGUGGUUUUCCACAAGCGACACGGGAAACAAACAAUUAAGUGGAAGGUUAGUUACGAAACAUUUCUAUGGAAUAUUCUGCAGUACAAAGUCGAUUGUGAAGUGUUGUAUAUACAAAUUCUAAACAAACAAUUGUAUCUAAAAUACGGUUGCCUUCCGAUAUUCUCUUAAGUGCUUGAUAACGAUCACUUUCCGAUUAGAUGGUGUAUAUGUGAUAGACCACUAUAAAAGGACAACUCUGUCUUGAUCAGUGAGUUACCACAAUGGGGUUCAAAAUCAUUGUUUGUUUGUUGUUUCUUUUUGUACAAACAAAAAGUCUACAAUUAGUUAAUAGCAAUGACGAAAGUAUCAAACUGGAGAUAUCUGUCGGUGACCAAACAACAAUAAGUGUCACUCUAGGUGAUGCGGUCAAAAUAUCUGGACAAAUUGGGCAAAACCGAAAUCUGGACUUUCCUGACGAUUGUGACGGAGCCGCUAGUUGUAGUCUCCAGAUUGACGAUGUCUCUUUGUCUAUCGAUAGUAUUGAUAGCGGUUUUAAUAUUUCAUGGCAAACCAGUAACACUGAAGCCACACUUCAAGAUUGUCUAGAUUUAAAUGGUUCUGACACGAAUUGGUUUGGUGGUCCUGAGAAGUGGGAAGCCGAUUGGCCUGUAGAAAAUGUAAGGUAUAGGAAUAGGAUUUACACAACUUUGAAGGGCGACAAUGGUGCCGUGGCCGAACGCUAUUGGUUAAACUCGAACGGUGGAUAUGUUUUCGUUGGUGAUAAGGUUCCUUUAUACGUGGACCAAAACACUGCAGUUCCUGGAAGUAUAUGCUUUAUAGGGGCGGCAACGGACUCCUAUGCUGGAAGAGACGAAGUUACUUUGGUCUACAAUUUAGUGGUUAAGGGAGAUGCUAAAGAAGCUCAUUUGCACGCCGUCAAUAACUUUUUGGGCAAACCUCAAGCACACCCUGACGAGUGGAUCAUUCGUAACCCAAUUUGGACCACUUGGGCUAAAUACAAGAGGGAUAUUAACGACGAAGUGGUGGUUGCUUUUGCGCAAGAGAUAGCAGACCAUGGUUUCACAGGACAAAUCGAAAUUGAUGAUUUCUGGGAGACGUGCUAUGGCUCUUUGGUGUUCAAUGAUAACCAAUUCGCCGAUAUUAAUGGUACCGUCCAAACCUUGAAAGAUUUAGGUUUCACGGUGACCCUCUGGACUCACCCUUUUGUUAACGAUGACUGCGAAGAACCAAUGCAGUAUGGCGAAAGCAACGGUUACUUUAUUAAAUCUAAGAACGACGGUAGCGAGGAAACCAGCUGGUGGAAUGGAAACCCUGCUCAUCACGUUGAUUUCACCCAAGAAGGAGCAAGAAAGUGGUUUACGGACAGGCUUAAGACACUUCAGGAGUUGCACGGUAUUGAUAGUUUUAAGUUUGAUGCAGGCGAAAGUGAUUGGGCGCCACCAAAUCCAGACCUUAAUGCUGAUAUAGAAGAUAGUCCAAAUGCGCUAACUGCUGCCUAUGUUCGUACUUGUGCUGAAUUCGGCGGUUUGCUUGAAGUUAGAUCUGCGUGGAGGACACAAGAUCUUGGAAUAUUUGUGAGAAUGUUGGACCGGGAUUCUAGAUGGACUAUUAUCAAUGGUCUACACUCUAUUAUCACCAGUCUUCUACAGUUUAACAUUAACGGAUAUGGAUUCGUCCUUCCUGAUAUGAUUGGAGGGAACGGUUACUUUGAACAACCAACAGCCGAAUUAAUUGUUAGGUGGACGCAAGCAAACACCUUUAUGCCUUCCAUGCAAUUCAGUUUUUUGCCGUGGGAGAUAACUAGUGAUGAUUUUGAUGCAGUUGCAAUUGUCAAAAAGUUCGUGGAAUUGCAUGAAGAAUACGCUGAUUCUAUUUUAGCCGCCAUGAAUAAUAGCAUUUCGACAGGAACUCCCGUAAAUCCUCCUAUCUGGUGGGUUGAUCCUACAAAUCCUGACGCUCUAAAAUCAAACGAUCAGUAUUUGGUGGGUGAGGAAAUUCUUGUAGCUCCUAUAAUAAAGAAAGGUGCUACUAGUAGAAAUAUCGUUAUUCCGGCUGGUACGUGGAAGGAUGGAAACGAUGGAACAAUAUACGAAGGACCUCAAACUUUGGCAGACUAUCCUGCACCGAUUGAUGUACUUCCCUUUUUCAUUAAACAAUAAUUGUAUCAAUAAAAAGCAAAUUCUUGGCACUGUUUACUA